AUGCCUAUUCCCCAGAACGGGUUAAUUUCGUAUCUAUCAGAUACAUUGCUCAGUGUCAGGAAAUUCUUCGUUCUGUUGGCCUUGGCCCUUUUGGGAGUUGCUGCGGGUGCCCAGCUGCCCGAUUCCGCCACCCAGGGACCCAAUCCCCAAGAUAUUGCCACUCCUGAGCCAGAGUACAUCGACAUUGAGGAUCCUGCACCGGUUGCUGCCGCUCCUGCCCCCCGCCCAGUGGUUGCCGCUCCUGCCCCCCGUCCUGUUGUUGCUCCUGUGGCCCGCCCCGUGAUCGCCGCUGCCCCCGCUCCAGUAUAUCGUCAGGUGGCCCGCCCCGUUGCCGUCGCCCAGUCUUUCGUGCAGCAGCCCAUCCAGCAGCAGAUCGUGCAGCGCGCCCAGUACCUGCCGCCCGUGGCUCAGCAGGUGGUGCAGCCCCAGCUGGUGGGACACACCUACAGUAGCAAGAGCGGCUACCAGUACCGCCGGCCAGUCUAUAACGAACGAGAAUCGACAAAUAAGAACAUGACAAGAUCAAAAGCAUAAAGAGCGAAGUACAAAGAGACAAAUGAUGUUCUAAAGACAAAGAUCGAAAAACGAAGUAUUCAGUUAUUGUUGAAAUGCCAAGUAAAGUACGAAAUAAAUAAACGUAAAUUAUUUGUAAAAAUGAUAAACAAA